ACUUUACUCCCGCCCCUUAAAUUUUCUCAACAGAAACCGCGUUUUUCCUGAGUUUGUUUUCCAUUAUCUCUUCUCUUUCAUCUUCAUCACACAACCCUCCUCCUUCUGGAUUCCUCUUCUCCUUCCAUGUGCUCUGUCAUGAGCUAUUUGACCGGCGGUCAAUAAGCUUCCCCUCUUCUGCAUAAUGGCUGAGAACGGCGAGGAGAAGUUAUUGGCCGUUGCGCGUCACAUAGCCAAGACCCUUGGUCAUAAUAACAACAUGGCAGAUGAUAUUCUCCAAAUCUUCUCUACCUUCGACGGAAGGUUUUCCAGAGAGAAGCUUUCCGACAAAGUUGCCCAUGAUGAUCCCAGGGGCUGCGCCGCACUUGAUCACUCCCUCAAGUCUCUUGACCGUCGGAUCUCCCAGUACGUGUCUUCGGACCACCCGAUCUGGGCUGAUUCUGCUGACUCCGCUGCCUUCCUCGACGCCAUUGAUGAGCUAAUCGCUACCUUGGCCGAGUGGAGCCCGGUGGCCGCGGAUAAGACCGUUAGCGCGUGCCUGGUACGCGCCGAGGAUAUACUCCAGCAGGCCAUGUUUCGCGCUGAGGACGAGUUCAGGACUCUGAUGGAACUUGGUGGCGAGUCGUUUGACCUGACUCGAGCAUAUGGGAAUGGCGAGUCGGCUGGCAACCUGUCGUUUGACUCGGAGGAGGACGAAGACCAUGAAGUUGAAGGCGUCAUAGGGAACGGUGAGGAUGACCAAAUUCCGGUGGCGCAACCUGUGGCCGAUUUCGACAUUGUCAUCGAUGCGCUGCCAUCGGCUACGAUCAACGAUCUUCACGAAAUCGCAAAGCGCAUGGUAGUUGCUGGGUUUGGGAAGGAGUGCUCGCACGUCUAUAGCAGCUGCCGCCGAGAAUUCUUGGAGGAGAGCUUUUCGAGGUUGGGGUUGCAGAAGCUCAGCAUUGAAGACGUUCACAAGAUGCAGUGGCAGGACCUCGAAGACGAGAUUGAAAGGUGGAUCAAAGCUUCCAAUGUGGCUCUCAGGAUACUAUUCCCCAGCGAACGGCGACUCUGUGAUCGCGUCUUUUUGGGUUUCUCCGCAGCUUCCGAUCACUCUUUCAUGGAGGUCUGCCGAGGAUCGACUAUUCAACUUCUGAAUUUCGCUGAUGCGGUGGCGAUUGGGAGCCGAUCUCCAGAGAGAUUGUUCAGAAUUUUAGACGUUUUCGAGACGUUGAGGGAUCUAAUUCCAGAAUUUGAAUCGUUAUUCUCCGAUCAGUACUGUUUAUCUCUCAGAAACGAGGCACUCACAAUCUGGAAGAGGCUAGGUGAAGCAAUCAGAGGCAUUUUUAUGGAACUGGAGAAUUUAAUUCGUCGCGACCCGGCAAAAUCGGGCGUUCCUGGUGGCGGGCUUCAUCCGAUUACCCGCUAUGUGAUGAAUUACCUGCGCGCCGCUUGCCGGUCCAGGCAGACACUGGAGCAAGUAUUCGAAGACAGUGGGCUUCCACUGAAGGAUUACCCCAAGCUUGACGAUUCUUCGUCUUCACUAUCUGUGCAAAUGGCUUGGAUUAUGGAACUGCUAGAGAGCAAUCUCGAAGCGAAAUGCAAAAUUUACAAGGACUCUCCAUUAUGUUCUGUUUUCAUGAUGAACAACGGAAGGUACAUUGUUCAGAAGGCAAAAGAUAGUGAACUGGGAACCCUAUUGGGCGAUGAUUGGAUCCGUAAGCACACUGCAAAAGUCCGACAAUACCAUGUGAACUAUCAGAGAAGCUCGUGGAAUAAGGUUCUGAGCUUGUUGAAGGUAGAUAAUGGUUCACUGGGGGGACCUAAUGCUGCUUCGAAGACUAUGAAAGAGAAGCUCAAAUUGUUCAACGCGCAGUUUGAGGAAAUAUGUAGGGUUCAAUCUACGUGGUUUGCGUUCGAUGGGCAACUAAGGGAAGAGAUUAGAAUUUCCCUGGCAAAAGUAUUGGUGCCGGCAUAUGUAAACUUCAUUUCAAGGUUUCAGAGCCUUCCAGAAGUAGGGAAGCAAGCUGAUAAGUAUAUUAAGUAUGCAGUGGAGGACAUUGAAGCAAAACUCAACCAUUUGUUUCAGGGAAGCAGUGGAUCAAUGGGGAGAAGGUGAAACCUAAAGUUACUGUUUGUUGUGUGUAUGUAUUUGGUAGUGUAAGUUAGAAUGCUUAGAGUUUUGAUUUCAUCAGAUUCUAGUCUUUAAGGAUUGUGUACCUGUUAUCUGUACACCAGCAUCUUUUCUGCUGAGCUUCAUUUUUUCCUUUCUUCCAUCAUUU